AUGAGGUGGAACAACAACACCUCUAGGUUUGUGCUUAGGAGGAUGGCACAGCUGCUCAGUGAUGGUAGUAGGCUUGACAAAGUGUUCAAGGACAAAGAUGUCAACUUAGUAGCCAAGCAUCUAAAGGAGUAUAGUGGGGAGGCCGUGAGCCCAACUCAGGUGUACAACCACCUGAGGAAGUGGAGGCAAAAGUGGGCUAGGAUCUCUAAGCUCAAGGAUCUUAGUGGUGCUAUGUGGGACAGUGACGCUAACUCCAUCAUGCUAGAGGGGGAGCAAUACCUAGGCCACUGUAAGAACCACCCUAAGGACUCAGAGUUCCUUAACUAUCCUAUAAGGUUCUACACUGAGAUGGACGCCAUAUUUGGUCAUGCCAUGGCCACUGGUAGGUUUGCACUGAGAUCUAGUGAGGCCCUUGGGGUGAACCAGGCUGAUAGUGUAGCUGCAAAGGUUGAGGGCUAUGCCUUCAACCAUGUGGGAGGCAAGAGGAAGAUGGGAAAUUUCACUGAGGAUGAGAUGCUCAUGCUGAUAAACAUGUCAGAUGCUGUUAACAAUGUGGCUAAUGCACUUAGGGAGACUGGACUAGCCCAUGUUGAUCCAGACCUCUUUCUUGCUGUUAUGGAGAUGCCUGGAUUUUCUAAGGAGGCUCUCAUAUGUGCCUACACCUUCCUGCUGGACAACAAGGCCUAG